CACUAACCAUUGCUUUGGAAACCAAGAAGCCCCUGCAGUCAUGAGCUCUGAUGCAGAGAUGGCCAUUUUUGGAGAAGCAGCUCCCUACCUGUGGAAAUCAGAGAAGGAGAGAAUCGAGGCUCCAAAUCGCCCAUUUGAUUCUAAGAAAGCUUGCUUUGCAGUGGAUGAUAAGGAAUUUUAUGUGAAAGGUAUGAUCCAGAGCAAGGAAAAUGACAAAGUCACAGUCGAGACCCUCGACAACCGGACACUCACUCUGAACAGUGACCAAGUCUUCCCCAUGAACCCUCCCAAAUUUGACAAGAUCGAGGACAUGGCCAUGAUGACCCACCUACACGAGCCAGGAGUGCUGUACAACCUCAAAGAGCGUUACGCAGCCUGGAUGAUCUACACCUACUCAGGCCUCUUCUGUGUCACCGUCAACCCCUACCAGUGGCUGCCGGUGUACAACCCUGAGGUGGUGACGGCCUACAGAGGCAAAAAGCACAAGGAGGCCCCGCCCUGCAUCUUCUCCAUCUCUGACAACGCCUAUCAGUUCAUGAUGACUGAUCGAGACAACCAGUCCGUCCUCAUCGCCGGAGAAUCCGGGGCUGGGAAGACAGUGAACACCAAGCGUGUGAUCCAGCACUUUGCAGCAAUUGCGGUCACUGGGGAGAAGAGGAAGGAGCAGCGGCCGGGCAAGAUGCAGGGAACCCUGGAAGACCAGAUCAUCCAGGCCAACCCCCUCCUGGAGGCCUUUGGAAAUGUCAAGACCGUGAGGAAUGACAACUCCUUGAGAUUCGGGACGUUCAUUCGCAUUCACUUUGGAGCCACAGGAAAGCUGGUGUCAGCGGACAUUGAAACCUAUCUCUUAGAAAAAUCCAGGGUGGCAUUUCAGUUAUCCCGUGAGAGAGGCUAUUAUAUUUUUUACCAAAUCAUGUCAAACAAGAAGCCGGAACUUAUGGACCUGCUUCUCAUUUCAACCAACCCCUUUGACUUCCCCUUUGUGAGCCAAGGAGAGGUCACCGUGGCCAGUAUUGAUGACAGUGAGGAACUGUUGGCCACUGAUGUAAGUAUUUUACAAAUUGAGAGCUUGAAGAGGAGGAAUUUCAGUUUAAAGCAAGAAAUUUCCGACUUAACCAUGCAGAUUGCAGAAAUGAGCAAGAAUCUUCAGGAAUUGGAGAAGACCAGGAAGCGAGUGCAGCAAGAAAAGUCAGACCUCCAGGCUGCCCUGGAAGAGGUGGAGGGUUCCUUGAAGCAUGAAGAGGGCAAGAUUUUGCGUGUCCAGCUAGAGUUGAACCAGCUGAAAUCUGAGCUUGACCACAAGAUCACUGAGAAGGAAGAAGAAAUCGAGCAGCUGAAAAGAAAGAGCCAGCGGGCAGCAAAGGCCAUGCAAAGCGUGCUGGAUGCUGAGAUCUGGAGCCGGAAUGUUGCUCUGAGGCUGAAGAAGAAGAUGGAGAGAGACCUCAGUGAGAUGGAGAUUCAGCUGGGCCACUCCAACCGCCAGGUGGCAGAGACCCAGAAACACCUGUGCUCAGUCCAGAGCCAGCUCAAGGACUCCCAGCUGCAUCUGGAUGACGCCCUGAGGAGCAGCGAGGACCUCAAGGAGCAGCUGGCCCUCGUGGAGCGCAGGAAUGGCCUCUUGCUGGAGGAGCCGGAGGAGAGGAAGGUGGCCCUGGCGCGGACGGAGCGCACCCGCAAGCUGGCGGAGCACGAGCUGCUGGAGGCCAGCGACCGCGUGCAGCUCCUUCACUCCCACAACACGUGCCUGAUAAAUACCAAGAAAAAACUGGAAGCUGACAUAGCCCAAUGCCAGGCAGAGGUGGAGAAGUCUAUCCAGGAGUCCAAAAAUGCAGAGGAGAAGGCCAAGAAGGAUGUCACGGAUGCGGCCAUUAUGGCCGAGGAGCUGACAGAGAAGGAGCAGGACACCAGCGCCCACCUGGAGCGGAUGAAGAAGAACCUGGAGCAGACGGUGAAGGACCUGCAGCACCGCCUGGACGAGGCUGAGCAGCUGGCCCUGAAGGGUGGCAAGAAGCACAUCCAGAAGCUGGAGGCCAGGGUACGUGAGCUUGAAGGAGAGGUAGUUGAAAGUGAGCAGAAACGUAAUGCUGAGGCUGUUAAAGGUUUGCGGAAACACGAGAGAAGAGUAAAGGAACUCACCUACCAGACUGAGGAAGACCGCAAGAAUGUUCUCAGGCUGCAAGACCUGGUAGAUAAAUUACAGGCAAAGGUGAAAUCAUACAAGAGACAAGCUGAGGAGGCUGAGGAACAAUCCAAUGCUAAUCUUGCCAAAUUCCGCAAGCUCCAGCACGAGCUGGAGGAGGCCGAGGAACGGGCUGACAUUGCCGAGUCCCAGGUCAACAAGCUGCGGGUGAAGAGCCGGGAGAUUCACACACAAGUCAGUGCAGAGUGAACACAUCUGCCUGAUGCUGCCAAGGGGCUGAAGAAAUGCACAAAAUGUGCCAUUUUGGGUCACUUGCUUUGUGAUGUUUUUCUCCUCAUGUUGAAUAAAUAAAAACUACAGUGAACUGAUAAA